GGUGUGCAAGUCCCCGGUCAGCUCCUCCCGCGGCCCCGCCCCCUGAGUCGGCGGAAGAUGGCGUUCCUGCAGGCAGUGUGUCCCCCCUGGAAGGUGACUCUAAAGUGUUCUGCGUUUGCAAGUGGAUUCCUGAGAAUACAAAAAAACAGAUGUCUGUGCCCUCACAUUCGAGCAGUUCACAAGUACGUGCCUCGAAGAGCUGUACUGUAUAUACCUGGAAAUGAUGAAAGAAAAAUCCAAAAAAUAGCUACUCUCAAUGUAGACUGUGCAGUUCUAGACUGUGAAGAUGGCGUAGCUAUCAAUAGAAAGGUUGAAGCCCGAGAGAAUAUUAUUAAAACACUUGAAGGAUGUGAUCUUGGGAACUCUGAAAAGUGUGUCCGGGUUAACUCUGUGACCAGUGGCCUUGCAGAAGAAGAUCUGGAAGUCAUUUUGCAGUCAAGAGUUUUGCCCUCCUGUAUCAUGCUCCCCAAGGUGGAGUCUGCUGAAGAGAUAAAUUGGUUCACAGAAAAGUUUCUACACCACUUAAAAGGUAGAAAGCUGGCACAGCCAAUUUACUUGGUCACCUUUGUGGAAACUGCCAUAGGACUGCUCAACUUCAAGAAUGUUUGUGAAGAAGCUUUACAAAGAGGACCUCGAGUUGGCCUUCAUCUGGAUGGAGUUGUCUUUGGAGCUGAAGAUUUCAGAGCCAGUAUAGGUGCAACAAGCAGCAAAGACACUCAUGAUGUCCUGUAUGCCAGGCAGAAGAUUAUCGUUGUUGCCAAAGCAUUUGGCAUGCAAGCCAUUGAUCUUGUUUACAUAGACUACAAAGAUGGAGAUGGGCUUCAGAGACAGGCAAGGGAAGGAGCCCUGAUGGGAUUUUCUGGUAAGCAGGUGAUUCACCCAAGCCAGAUUCCUAUUGUCCAGGAGCAGUUUACUCCGAGUGCUGACAAAAUAAAAUGGGCCCAGGAAUUGAUUUCUGCUUUCGAAGAGCACCAAAGAUUAGGAAAGGGUGCAUUCACUUUCCAUGCGAGCAUGAUAGACAUGCCCUUGCUUAAGCAGGCACAGAACAUCGUUACGCUUGCCAGAGCCAUCAAGAACGAAUGAUGUGUUAAAUGAAGCUCUCGCCAGGAGUCCGCUCCAUACAGCACUUGUCUUCCAUGCCAGAAGGGAGACUUGAGAAAUGCGACCAGGGACGCUUCAGCCUAUUGAUAACAGAAUGCUUAUGCAUUUAUUUUCUGUACAUGUAUAGCAUUCAUUAAAAUAAAUGUCAAAUCCAGUAGUAUUUUUUUCUCCUUGCUUUCACCUCCCUAGCACCACCAUUCAUUAGGUUUCCCCUUAUAAACAUGUAAAACGCCUUUAAGAGUGUGUGACAAGGGCUGAACUGCAAUAAACUUGUAGAGUUAUAAGGGUAACAAAGCAGGACAAGCUUCUGCUUCUAGGCUCUCCGGGCAGAUUUACAUGACACUGGAGAUACUGCUACAGGUCAUAUGCUUCUUGUUGUUAACUGGCUUAGCAAAGCUGUUUUGGAGAGGUUAACCUAGCUUGUAGCAAGGGUAAAUAAACAUAACAACCAGCCAUUGUCCCCUAUUCAGCGUGUACUCUUAUAUUCAGGGCUAAAGGGUAUUGAAGCUGCAGAGGAUCAACUUGUGGUUGCCAAAGGACUCGAAUGAAGUUUCAAACAGCAACAAUCAGAGAUUUUGUUUCUGUCCCUCAUUAAAUCAUGAGCUUUUGUACCCCCAGCCACCAAGGACUGUUCUUUAAGAAAUUAACAGAAUGGAAAGUUUUAAACCAUGCACCAACCUUUCUAUGACCUACACAGAGGCAGUGCUGCUGUCCUUACACACACUCCACAGGAAGGCUGUUCUGUUUAUUUAAACGUGUAAAUAGAAAACACGGCUUUAACCCUUCCGAAGGGGCAUUCAUCUCCCCUGUAUAGGUGCUGCUUGCACAAGGAUCCUUCU